AUGUCCAACAGCAGCUCCUUCAAUGAGUUUCUCUUACUGGCAUUCUCAGAAACGCGGGAGCUGCAGCUCUUGCACUUUGCAGUGUUUCUCUGCAUCUACCUGUUUGCCCUCCUGGGCAAUGGCCUCAUCAUCACAGCCAUAGUCUACAACAACCACCUGCACUCCCCCAUGUACUUCUUCCUUCUCAACCUCUCUGUCCUGGAUAUUGCUUCUAUCUCCACUACUGUUCCCAAAUCCAUGGCCAAUUCUCUGUGGGACACCAGGGCCAUUUCCUACUUGGGAUGCGCUGCCCAGGUCUUUUUCCUCUUUUUCCUCCUUUCAGCAGAGACUUCUCUUCUCACUGUCAUGGCCUAUGACCGCUUUGCAGCCAUCUGCAGACCCCUGCACUACGAGAUCCUCAUGAGCAGCAGAGCUUGUGCCAGAAUGGCAGCCGCUGCCUGGGGCAGUGGUGUUCUCAGUGCUCUCCUGCACACUGCCAACACAUUUUCAAUACCACUCUGCCAAGGCAAUGUCAUGGAGCAGUUCUUCUGUGAAGUUGCCCAGCUCCUCAAGCUCUCCUGCUCAGAUGCUUACCUCAGGGAAGCUGCUGUUAUGGCAUUUACUCUUUGUUUAGUACUUGGGUGCUUUGUUUUUGCCGUGCUGUCCUAUGUGCAGAUCUUCAGAGCUGUGCUGAGGAUCCCCUCUGAGCAGGGUCGACACAAAGCCUUUUCCAUGUGCCUCCCGCACCUGGCCGUAAUCUCCCUUUCUGUCAGCACCAUCAUGAUUGCCUACCUCAAGCCCCCCUCCAUUUCCUCCCCAGCCCUGGACCUGGGGGUGGCUGUUCUUUAUGCAGUGGUGCCUCCAGCAGUUAAUCCUCUCAUCUACAGCUUGAGGAACAAGGAGCUCAAGCAUGUGCUGAGAAAAUUGCUUCAGCGGGCACAAUGUCAGCACCAGUAA